AUGGCAUCCCUGUUCACUAUCAAAUUAAAUCAUGGAGGGGCCUUGACUGAUAAAUGGGAAUAUGUAGGAGGGGAGGUACAUUAUUGGGAUAAUGUUGAUCCAGAUAACCUGAGUUUCUUUGAGUUUAUUGAUAUGUUGAAGGAGGAAGGGGUUGAAUACAACUCAAAGUCAACAUUUUAUUACAGUUUGCCUGGGCUAGAUCUGAAAACUGGUUUGGUUAAGGUAUAUAAGGAUGUUGAGGUAUUGGAUAUGUGUGAAAUUGGGAUGAAAAAUGGGAUGGUUAAAGUCUUUGUGGUCCAUGAUGUUGAUGUGCCUGAAGUAAUUCCCCAAAUUGAAUGUGGAAGUACUGGUCCCAACCCCACAAAUGACCAAGUAGAUGAGGCCCAACCCAAUAUAGAGGAACCCCAGCCCAAUACUCAUACAGAGGCCCAUCCCAUUACACAAGCCACAACUGAUAAAAUUCCACCAAAGGCAGCAAGGAAGAAAAUGUCAGCAAGGAAGAGGGUAGCUUCCUCCAAAAAAGUGAAGGGGACAAGGCCCAAAACCACAGAACCCAUUCCACAAACAAAUGAGGAAGAAACUCAGCCAACACAACACAGUCCUCAAACAAGUGACUCAGAACCCCAGCCAACACAACCCACUUCCCAAAUAAUAGAACUAGAACAUAACCCAACACAGCCCACUCUUGAACCUACUUCCCAAGCAGACCCAAAACCACAGGUAACACAGCCCACUUCCCAAAUAAUUGACCCAAAACCACAGGGAAGUCAGCCCUUGGAUAACUGGUGGAAUGAUGAUAGUGUUGAUGAUGACUAUGAUGCCACAAUGGAUUUGUCUAAUGAUGAUAGUUUAGGUGGCUGUGAUUGGAUUGUAGAAGAGGAUGAUAUUGACCUGUCAUGUAGUUCAAUAGAUGUGAGUGAUGGUAGUGUAGAUGAGGACUAUGGGGGAGGAGAAUCAGAACCUACAAGAAGUUCCAGUGAUGAAGAGCUUCUUGAUUCUAGGAGGAAGAGAAAAGUGCUUAACAGGUUUGGGGUAAAGCUUAGCAAGUGGAACUGUUACAGAGUUAAAAAGCAUGCACAUAGGCUCUUACAUCGAAAUUUGAAGGAUCGUUAUUCAAAGAUUGCUGCAUACUUGAAUGAAUUGAAGAGGGUAGAUGAGGAUUUUAGAUUUCAAUUGCAAACAGAUGUCCUUGAAAAUGAUGCUGAACAUGUUGAACAGCAGUUUAAGAGGUUGUAUAUUAGUUUCCCAGGAUUGAGAGCAGGUUUCAUAAGUGGUUGUAGGAAGGUGGUUUGCAUAGAUGGAUGUUUUCUGAAAACUUUUUUAGGUGGGCAGCUGCUGUGUGCAAUUAGCAGAGAUGGGAACAAUCAAAUGUUCCCCAUCUGUUGGGCUGUUGUUGACGCUGAAAACAAUGAGGCCUGGGAGUGGUUUUUAGAGAACUUAAAGAAGGAUCUACCAGGUUUUGGGGGUGAAGAUUGCACAAUCAUAUCAGAUCAACAUAAGUCAAUAAUGCAUGGUGUUAAAACUAUAUUCCCUGAUGUGGAACAUAGGAACUGUGCUAGACACAUCUGGCCUCCAUGGCACAAAAAACAUAGGGGAGAUAGUUCGAAAGAGAAAUUUUGGCAGGCUGUUUAUGCCUAUAACAUGGCAGAUUUUGAUUUAGCCCUACAGGAGAUGGCUGUGUUAUGCACAACAACUGUAGAGGAUUUCAAGGCUUUGAAACCUAAGACUUUUUGUAGGUUUGGUUUUAGGAUUCACACUAAGUGCAACCUUGUGGUGAACAAUCUUGCUGAAACAUUUAAUGGGUGGAUUCUGGAAUCCAGGUCAAAGCCAAUUUUGGGGAUGCUAGAAGAUAUUAGGAGGGUAGUUAUGGAGAGAUUGUUCUUGAAGAGAACAUUGAUGGAGAGAGCAAAGGAUGAUAUUUGUCCUAGAAUAAGAAAAAAGCUAGAACAAACAAGGAAUAUGCUAAGACCUGUCAUGUUCUUGCAUCUGAUAAAAUGGAGUUUGAAGUGCUAUGUGGUAUGGAGCUUCUAAUAGUGAAUCUAGAAAGCAAGAGUUGUACAUGCAGGAGAUGGGACUUAACUGGAAUACCUUGCUCUCAUGUUAUUGCUUGCAGCAAUUGGCUUAGAAUGCCAUGUGAAGAGUUGGUGGAUCCCAUACUGAAGAAGGGGGUAUACUUAGCUGCCUACAGUGGGUCAAUCAAGCCAAUAAGAGGAGAGAGACAUUGGGAUAAGGUUGAAUUCCCACUGCUACCUCCUAAUAUCAAGGUUGGAGUAGGUAGACCUAGGAAAAUGAGGAAGAAAGCCCCACAUGAGAGGGAAGACAAGGCUGGAAAAUUAAGCAAACAUGGAAUACAACUGACAUGUAGCUUGUGCAAAGGCAAAAACCACAACAAAAGAGGGUGUCCUACACACAAAAACAAUGGCCCUGCCAUUGCUUCAACCUCUGGGGAAGUCAGCAACACCAACAAGAGGCCUAAAAAGGCAAGAGCCCCUUCCAAAGCAACUUUACCACCCCAACCAGGUGCACCAAAGAGAGGUAGAGGAAGGCCUAGAAAAGGCACCAAUGCCAUCCUCAAUGAUUCUAGGGCUGCCACAAGUGACAUUUGUGGAACUCAACAAUCUACAGCAGCUGCUCCAAUGAGCAACCACUAAGCUAGGGUUUCACUUUCUUUUUUGGUGGAGGAAAUGGUAGAUUAAGAAGGGAGGUUGUAGAUGGGUUUUUUUGAACUUUACUGGGAAGAUUUUUGUAAUUGAAAUGUGGGACAAACUUCACCACUUUUUGCACAUGUUGUACAUUGUUGCCAAUAGGGCUUUUGGAAUCUAAUGCAAAGCAUUUUCUUGGUA